CGCACACAGUCAAGAGCGAGAGCGAGGAGCCACACUCACCACCCGUCAGUGUUUACCCAGUGGACCGCCAGAGCGUGUGACUGUCCCUCUUGUGCUGGAGAAUAAUACCUGACGUUUUGUGAUUGGUGAAAAAAAAAGUGUUUUUUUUAGAGAGUUUGUGUGUUCUUCCCGACACUUGUGAUUGAGAAUUUUUACAACUUGUGUGUGUAUAACGUGAGAAGCGACUGAUUUAGUGAAGGAGUGUGGAGGUGAGGACAGUGAGGUGGGUGUUAGUGCCGUGUGGUGAAGAUGGCCUUAGUGUGUAGGUCUCUGGUGACACGGGUGGCGGCCCCCUGCUGAGUGCCACUGACCUGCCCGUUGCCACGGUGAUGCCAGGGCCAGGCUGCGGUGGCGGCUACAUGCUCGUCACCAACAUGGCACCAGGGGGACCAGUCAAGCUUCGUGUGCUGCAUGCUCCCCCACACACGCCCACACCUGCCCCGGUCUCCCCCGUGCCCCGUACCCACCUGAGGGAGCGUCGCAUGGGACUUGUGCUCUCAGGACCCCCAAGGGAGCUAACAGAGGCCCUAACCCUACCCGCCCAGCUCCUCCUCCCCACCACCCUCACUCUGCCCGCUACAUCACCCUCACCCCCUCCCCCCCCGUCACCUAUAACACCCACAACCCCGAUACACUCACCUACUACACCCACGUCACCGACACACAAACCACUGACAUACACAUUAUCACCACAGUCCUCCACCUCGCUGACGUCCUCGACACAGCCAGGUACUAAAAUGACGUCCUCGUCACAUCCUGGCAUCAUAGUGACGUCCUCGUCACACCCAGGCACUACAGUGACGUCCUCGACACAGCCAGGUACUAAAGUGACGUCCUCGUCACAGUCAGACACUACGGUGACGUCCUCGACACAGCCAGGUACUAUAGUGAUGUCCUCGUCACAUCAUGGCAUCAUAGUGACGUCCUCGUCACAGCCAGGCACUACAGUGACGUCCUCGUCACAGCCAGGCACUACAGUGACGCCCUUGUCACAGCCAGGUACCUUAUUGACGUCCUCGUCACAGCCAGGCACCACAGUGACGUCUUCGUCACAGCCAGGCACCAUACACAGCACUACGACAUCACCCUUGGCCAGACCCACAACACUACAGCUCUCCACCACCUCCGUCCCUGCCUCACCACCUCCCACUCCUGCUGGUAUACUCACCACCACCACACACAACUACUUCGCCGCCGAAGACCAUGAACCCACAUCACCCACACAAGAGUUACCUACGCCAUCGUCUGACACUCCUGCGUCCACGACGGACUCCCCAGCGGCGAUCCUGGAGCGUCUUCAGGCGACCAACUCAUACCCCUGGGUGUCUGUGGUGGCGUGGCUGCUGGGUCGGGGAGAGGAGACACUGGCCCGCCACCAAACACUGGCCGACACCCUCACAGGCAUCACCCGGCAGGAGACAGAGUUCCUUAAGUUCUACUCCGUCGCAAUGUUCUUCAGUGAAAGGUUCGAUGAACAGAUACUUGAAACAAGUGUGCCAAAAAAUGGGUGUGAAGGUGGCAACAUGGCCCCGAGUACUGGCUCCCAGGGGCUAACACAAGGGCUGGAGAUUUCAUACACCAGUUUUUGCUGCUUCUCUGUACCUCUGGCCCUGAGCAUGACAAAUUCUAAUACUGUACUGUUUUACUUCUUUCUUGCCUUAUGUGUUGAGGAAGACCACAUUCAUUUUGAUUAG